GACAGCAAAGAGUGGCAACAGAACUAGUGAAGUGAACAAAACUGUUAUUAGACUGUAUUAGACAUAUAUGUCAUGCCAAGAAAGAUAUUCUGGGAUUUGGAAGUUAAUUGAAUGUUCUAACAUAGUGCAAAUUUACUGUGUUUUGUUGUAUAUAAAACUCUGGAUAAAUAUAUUUAGGUGAAAUAUAAUAUAUUAAAUUUAAAUACAACAUGUCUACUCCUGCCCGAAGACGCCUUAUGAGAGACUUCAAAAGAUUACAGGAGGACCCACCUACCGGAGUCAGUGGUGCUCCUACUGACAAUAAUAUAAUGAUCUGGAAUGCAGUUAUAUUUGGCCCCCAUGACACACCCUUCGAAGAUGGUACUUUCAAACUAACUAUUGAGUUUACAGAAGAAUAUCCAAAUAAACCACCAACAGUCAGAUUCGUUAGUCAUAUGUUUCACCCUAAUGUAUACGCUGAUGGUGGUAUAUGUUUAGAUAUAUUACAAAAUAGAUGGAGUCCUACUUAUGACGUAUCUGCUAUUUUAACUUCAAUUCAAUCUCUACUGAGUGACCCAAAUCCCAAUUCACCGGCCAACUCCAUGGCCGCACAACUGUACAAAGAAAAUAGAAGAGAAUAUGAGAAAAGAGUGAAGGCAUGUGUGGAACAGAGCUUUAUCGAUUAGCAGUUGUCUCAUCGUCAUUGUCGAAUUAUUUAUUCGAACUGAUUCUCACUUUGCGCUUCAAAAUUACAGCUACUUCUUACAGAGGCCCUGCCUUCUCAGUAACUAAUAGUUUUAAUCAACUCGUUUUUAUUUUUUUGUUCUUUUUUUUUAAUAAAGAUUGUUUUCCAAAAACUUAACUGAAUAUAAAAUGUUUCGGAAAGUUCUAUUCACUUUUACUGACUAAUAGACGUUGCUCUGGUGUUGGCCAUAAUGAAUAUAUAAAAUAGUGAACAUAAAAUAUUUUCAAUAUUCCCUUCAAUACCCCACAGGUGCACAAAGUUAAAACUUUAUUAUAGAAAGUAAUGUUUUUUGUUGAUAUAGUAGAAAGGUCACCAGAACUUAAAUCUGGAUUGUCAGGUGGAUGACAUAGGUAUUCUACCACCUGAAUGAUAUGGUGUCAGUAAAAUUUUUGAUGCAGUUUAAUUCAAUAACCCGACUUAUUUUUAUUUCAUUAAAAACUUUCUUCAUUUAGUCAGGAAUAGAACUUAUGAAACACGCUGUAGAAGCUUUCCUUUACAAAAAUUUCAUUUAUAAUUAACAGAUAUUGAAAGUACCAGUGCAAACAAUGUGGAUUAGUAAUUGGUUUUUCUUUGUAGUAGGUGCAAGUUUUAUGUUAAAAACAAUUGUUAAUAUUUAAUGUGUACAAUAAAACAUAUUUUGUGUAGAUAAUUAAAAGUAAAAUGCGCAGUUUUAAGCUAGCAAAAAUUACAACAGUAAUUUUGAAAAGAAUUUUAUUUAUCACGUUUACAAUAGAUUGCAAAUAUUUAAAAAAUCAAGUGACAAGCGGGGUACUAUCUCAAUUUUUUCCAUAUUUGUACAUUUUGACCUUAUAAUUAUUUAAAAUGUGAACCCUUAUUGUGUUGAUAAAUGAUUUUGACUUGACACUAGUCAUUGCAAAAAAAAAGAAAAAUGUUUAUUCGUUAUAAUCUGACACUACUCUGAGAGUAAACAUGUAUUGGUGAAAUAAAUAUGUGUAAAGGUCUCAAAUUAAUACUAGGAUAGUAUGAAGUUCACUCGUACGUUACAAAUCAUGCAUUACCACUUCUUAUUAUUUUUUCGAAAAAUUUGCUUCUAAUGAAAAUGAUUCAAAAAUACAUUGACUUUCAAAUUUUGUUUCAAAAGUAAAAGUGAUAAACUGAUUAUACGAGGACAGUUUGAUAAGUACUUAGCAUAUAAAAGAAAAAGGAAAAUUUUGGAAAAGUGGCGAUUUAUUUUUCAACUUAGUCUCCUUUCAAUUGGAUACACUUGACCCAGCGAUGGUCAAACUUCUUUAACUCGGUCGAAAAUACGUUUUCUCGAAGUUUGCAAAGUAGACCUCCGAGACAUCGAUGAUUUCCUCAAUCGACUUAAAUUUCUGCCCGUCAAAUGACUUAUUUAGGUUUAGGAACCAAAAAAAGUCACGGGGAAUCAAAUCUGGAGAACAAAUUGGUCCAUGUUUCGACGAGGGCCGCGAAAAGACGCAGAAACUUGCUUAAACGGCAAUGUGCAGUCCCCAUUUCAGUGUCCGUUUUUAUUUUUCGUUUAUUUAGGUUCAUCAAAUUGUUCGGGAUUAUUUUAUCAAUAUUCUUGAUUAUUUUUUUAGUCUGGAUUUGCUCUUCAUUUCGUUUGAUUAUUCUUUAUCAGCCACUCGUUUUUCGUAACAUCUUUAGUGAUGCUACAGAAAGGUUUUUCUCAAGCCAUGUUUUGCCAAGAGAUCUGCUGGUUCAUUCCCAUGCAUCCCUUGAUGACCGGCACCCAUAUUAAAGACACUAUUGUCUUUUGCCAUGUUAUUUUAUCAUUUUAUCUUUUACCGAAUACAAAAUUGAUUCUCUGUAUUAUUUAGCUACUGAAUAACAUAAAUGGUGUCAAAAUUCGGUGUAACUUAGGACAUAAGUAACAUGUUAUGUUAAACUUAACUAUUUCAUCAGUUUCUCAUUUUGGCUGGCCAAGAAUGACUCAUAUGACCUUUGCAAAUUAGCGAUAUCACCAUUAAAAUUAUACAGGGUAUUAGUAAAUAAGUAUGAAAAACUUUAAGGGAUAAUUCUACAUGAAAAAAUAAUGACAGUUUGCUCUAUAAACGUAUGUCCGCAAAUGCUUUGUUGCCGAGAUGCAGGGUGUUGAAAUUUUAAUUUCAAACUGCCAAUUUUUUUAUUGCUCUAAGACCGGAUGAGAUAUGAAAAUUACUUUUGGAUGGUUUCAAGAGGUAGUUAUUGCGCAUUUUUUUGCAAACAAAUAAUAAUUUUAUAUUCAUCAUUGGCGCGCCUACGGGUAAUGGUCUGAAUUUUUUUAAAGAAAAAAAAUGGUACGCCACUGAGAUAUUUCAAAUUAAAAAUUAUUUUUGUAUUUGUGUUUUUGUAUAAUUUAUGAAAAAGAACCUUUUUUGUAUUUUUUUCCUAUGGUGCAUCGUUUUUAUGCGAAAAAAUAAAACAUCUUCGAUCGUAUUUUUCAUUUCUUAAUACAUUAUCAAGAACUCUCCAAUAUAAUAAUACCAAAGUAGAACAAUAACAGAAAGUAUUACUAAAAAGAUUUUAACUAGGUGCAAAGCUACAACAAAUGUUCAAAAUUACCUCCUUUAAAGGUGACAGAAUAAUUUUAUAUUCACCAUUGGCGCCCGUACAGAUAAUGGCCUGAAUUUUUUAAAGAAAAAAAAUAGUACGCCACUGAGAAACGUCAAAUUAAAAAUCGUUUUUGAAUUCCUCGUUCAAUUUACGACAAAAAAUCAUUCUUGUUGUUUUUUCAUAUGCGGCGCCGUUUUUAUACAAAAAAAUAAAAUGUCUUAACGCUUACAAAUUAUUCGAGGUAGAUUCCAUAUGCAUAGAAACUUAUAUAUUAUUUCAAAUACUUUGUAAACGUUAAGAUAUUUUUUUUUGCAUAUAAACGGCGCCUCAUAUGAAAAAAAGACAAAAACGAUUUAUUGUCAUAAAUUGAACGAGGAAUUCAAAAAUUAUUUUUAAUUUGAUAUAUCUCAGUGGCGUACUAUUUUUUUCUUUAAAAAAUUCGGGCCAUUACCCGUACGCGCGCCAAUGGUGAAUAUAAAAUUACUCUGUCACCUUUAAAGGAGGUAAUUUUGAACAUGUUGUAGCCUUGCACAUAGUUAAAAUAUUUUUAGAAAUAUUUUCUGUUAUUGUUCUCGUUUGAUAAUGUUCUUGAUAAUGUAUUACGAAAUGAAAAAUACACGCGAAGAUGUUUUAUUUUUUUGCAUAAAAACGGUGUACCAUAUGAAAAAGAGACAAGAAAGAUUCUUCAUCAUAAAUUAAACGUGGAAUACAAAAAUAAUUUUUAAUUUGAAAUAUCUCAGUGGCGUACUAUUUUUUUCUUUAAAAAAAUUCAGACCAUUACCCGCAGGCGCGCCAAUGAUGAAUAUAAAAUUGUUAUUUGUUUGCCAAAAAAUGCGCAAUAACUACCUCUUGAAACCCACCAAAUUUAAUUUUCGUAGCUUAAAAGGUCUUAGUAAUAAAAAAAAUUUCAACAUCCCGUACCUUGGUAACGAAGCAUUUGCGGACAUACGUUUAUCGAGCAAACUGUCAUUAUUUUUUCAUAUAGAAUUACCCCUUAAAGUUUUUCAUACUUAUUUACUAACACCCUGUAUAUUUCGAGGUAUAGCAUACCCUUGCUUGUUAAUCGUAGCUUUACAUGUAAUUAAAUUAUUUUGUGUAUUGUUUUUGUAGAAUUUUAUCAUUCUAAUCUGAAAUGUUUUCAUUGUGGUAUGCGUUUUUUAUUUUUAAUUUGCAGUUCUUUCUAUAUUUCCUCUAAUUUUUUAUUUGUGCGUUAGACCACUCUUUUUUCCGUACUGCCUACCUUCGUUUUUCAGGUAGAUGGAUGUGUUAUAAUUAAUGAAAUAUACUUAAAUAAAUUAUUAUAACUA